GAUCCAGACCUCCGCCAGCUCAAACGUAUCCUUUUGGAGGCAUGGUUCCCCGACAGGCUUCAUGAGCUUGAUGCGCCAGAGGAUGAUCCGGAGUCCGCCGGUGAUGGAGAGGAUUACAAUCUUGAUGAGGAGGGUGAUUUGGAGGGUGAAGGUGGGGCAGAAGGGGGUGAACGUCCCGUAGAAGAGAUGGAGGAGGCCGGUGGCCUCGGCGACGAGGCUGAUGCUGCGGCCGAAGCCAUGGAGGUGGAUGGUAAAGGCGAUGGUCCGGUAGAGGAGGAUGAUGUGCUGGUGCUAUCCGACGAAGAAAACAAUACGCCGCCGCACAAGCCAGUUAGAAUGCUUUCUCGUUCUGGCUCCAAACUUGACGCGCCCGUGGCCCAGCGACUUCAUUUUCUGAAGAUGCAGCUUGCAGCUGUGAAGUGA